CAUGAAAUGAAGGUUUUCUACAAUAAAGAACACAUGAAUGAUGUCGCUUGAAGCAGUUGGUCAAGGAGAGUAUAAUGAAGAUGACCAGUCUGUUUCAUCAGAACAUCCAGUGGACAUCAAGGACCGGAAUGAAGACCAUUGAAGAGAGAGUUGUCUCUUCUAGACGAAGUUGCUGAAACGUUACAUAAUAAAUACAGUAAUGGACCUGGUGUUCACACAAACAAUUUGUUGAUAGCACAAUUCAUUCUGGACAGUUAUCAAUUGAAAAAAAAAUGUCUACUCAGUAUUGUAGUUUGAAGCCGUACCCUUUCAAAAGACGUGAUGCUGCACACAGAUACCAGGAAAAUAUUGUUCUUGAUGUAACUGAAAGUGGUACCAUAGACUACAUGCAACCCUGCCAUGAAUUCAAAGCAUUCACCAACACAUCAGAAGAGAAUGAAAUGACAAAAUACACUUUUGAAGUCAUCAGAUUUGGAGCAGCUUGUAUGAACAGCCGCACCAAUGGCACCAUUCAUUUUGGAGUGGAGAAUGAUGGAAGAAUUCUAGGUGUCAGUGUCCAGAACAGAGAUAGUUUUGCUACACAACAGUCACAUGCAAUUGAGAAGCAUUUUCAGAAAGAGAAACAUUUUCACUUUGUAAAAAUAGCAAGGAGGUGUAUUAUGCCUCCUCGAUUUGUUGAAGUUCUCAAAGCUGACAUGACAUCCACCGGAAGAUAUGUCAUUGAGGUGGACAUAGAGCCGUCCUCCAGAGUCUGUAAAGAACUUCAUUUUCACACGCUCAACUUAGAAAAACAUCCCAAACGUGCAGGACUGAAGAGAAAAAAAUAUAAAAAGUCUUUUUUUAUAAGAGACAGCAGCAAUAUCUAUGAUCUGAUUAAGUCUGAAGAGUAUACUAAAUAUAUUGCUGACAUGUCAAAGUUGUCUCAGUUGAGGAAGGAGGCAGAAGAAAAUCAUCUCUCUGAUGUCAAAAACAAUAUCCAAGGAUUAAAACUAUGUGAGAUGUUAACAGGAGGGACUCAAUCUUUAGACAGAUCACACUUCACAUGGUAUGUUGUGGUAACUAACAAAUCUCAUCCUGAUCAGCUUGAAAACCUGAAGUUUCUGACUUACAUGAAACUGAUGGCUGUUCUAGAUUUUGAUCCAGAAUCUGCUAUGAAUGGACUGACUACACUAUUUAAAGACACAGGAAUAAAUAACCAUUUGCCAGCUGAAUAUGAAAUUACACAAACUUUUCAAGAGACUGCAGACAAGUUUAAACUGACCAGGAACACAAGUUGGGUUUUCUGUAAUGGAGGGUUUAAGGCAGAAAACCCCUCAAAUGUUCAGAAGUGGUCGACUGAGAAAGGAUCGUCUGUGCGACAUCCUGUUUAUUUCCUGUGCCAAAAAGACGUCAUGCCCACCAAAAAAUUUCUUGUCAUAUUCUUGCUGUUAAAUCAAGUGACUGAUGGAAAUGACCCUAUGCUGGAGACAUUCAAUAUGUUUUCUCAGGAGCUACAUGGGGAAAAACAAAUCUUAUGUAUCUGUGACAAUGAAACAACAUACAACCUCUGGAAGGAUCUGAUAAUAAGGCGUUAUGGAGUUGACAUCUCAAAAAGAUGCAUUUCUGAGUUGAGUUUUGCUGAGAUCAAUGGAACUGUGCUCAGUCUCUGGUCAGAGAAUCGUAAGUCACACCGGUUUCUGCCCGGUGUUGGUGGCAGUAAGGUUGUGUUAUCAAAGAAAAAGGAGGACACAUUAGAUCUGCUGAGUAUUCUCUGUGUUAACCAAUGUGAUGGAGGAAAUGAGGACAAACAACAACAUGAAGAAAGUUUUUACAGAGGAGGGAAAGUGUCGUGGUGGAACUUCUUCUUCUCUGAACAGGCGGGAUCAGUGCCAUUCAUCAAACUGGACAAGUUUGAGUACAUUAUUGAUGGCAUCAUUCCAGACCUGCUCAACAUGAAGAGAUCUUGUGUGUUCUUCAACAUCUUUCAUCUUCCAGGGUGUGGUGGAACAACAUUAGCUAUGCAUGUUCUCUGGACGCUCAAGAAUAAAUAUCGUUGUGCAGUAAUGAAAUACAAACCACAUGAUUUCACCGAUGUAGCCCAACAGGUAGUGAAGUUACUAACAUAUGAGGCAAAAGACCAACAAACCAGACUCCCUGUUUUACUGAUGGUUGAAGAUUUUGAGAAGAUUUCUGAUGUUGAAACACUUCAGAAGAAAAUUGAGGACGAAUAUCAGAAAGAAAACAUUUCUUCAAAAUCUCCACAAGUCAUUCUUCUCAAUUGUAUGACAGUUGAGUCCCGUGAACAGGCAGAAGAAAAUGACAACUCGGUUUACCUUGGAAACAAUUUAUUUGAGAAAGAACAUAAACUCUUUGAUGAAAAGUUGAAAGAGCUCAAGAGAAUCUACACAAACACAGACACAUUUCAUGGGUUCAUGUAUCUACAGACUAACGGUUCAUCUGAGUAUCUUAAACGUGUGGUAGAAAAUACUCUGAACGGCUUCAACUUUCAAGACGAACACGCUCAAUUGUUUGCUGUUCUUGUUCUUCUGAGUGUUUACUGCAGGAAUGCUCUACUGUCAGUCAGUGCAUGUGAAGAGUUUCUCCAUCUGCCCAUAACAGAAGACUGUCGAUCCUGCAAAGCUGAAGAUGGAUUCAAGGAGUUUUCCGCUCUUUUGACCAGAUGCACAGCACCUUCUAACUUUGUCUUUGAGGGUAUGAGGGUGAUCAAUUCAUGUGUAGCCCAACACUGUUUGAAUGAACUUGCAGUUACUCAUGGAGUGAAGAAGGACGAUAUCAUGAACACACUGCUCACAACAUUCUUAGGUUAUGAUUUGUUUCUGGGGAAACAGAAACUAAUGCAGGAUGUCCACAGCAUGUUAGUGAAGAGCCGACAUUCAACCAAGAGUGAGAGCACUUUUUCACCUCUGAUCCAUGAUAUAAUGAAGGAGACACCAGGAAGAGAAGAGAACAUUUUACUUAAUGCUACAAAGGUCUACAAAAAGGAUGCAGUAAUAUUACAGCUCUUGGCCAGGUAUUAUUACUUAAAGAAAAGAGAAGAAGACUUCAACGAUGAAUAUGAAUGGUCUUUAGCCUUCGCCCAUUCAAAGGACAAUUCAUGUGACACAGUGGCACGUGUUCUUAAGGGUGAGCUCUGGUAUAAGUUUCAACAAGACAGAGAUGAUCCCAUAAAGCCAGACAGUCUUGAGAUGUAUCUUACAUUGGCUGAAUCUGCAACAAACGCCUGCAGGGAAUCACAACAAACGACACAGAAAGAGGACAAGAUUCAAUUUCAGAGACCAAAUUAUCAUGACACCUUCAACACAGCUGAGCUUCUUUGUGAACAUGAAGUGGCAGUUAAAGUCAUAGAAAUACUUCAAAAGACCCCACCGUUUACAUCAGAUGAUCGACUUCUCGGUCAAGUCUUGUCAGGGAAAAUCAAGAUGGAAGAUUUGACCUGUAAACAACCUAAACUGAAGGAAUAUUCUGAUGUGUUGAGUAAACAUAUGCACUAUAUUCUUGACCUCGAGCCAUUUGUCCAUUUAGAUAAGAAAUCUUUGAUGAAAUUAACAGAAGUGAGCUAGUUAAACAUAUUCACCUGAAUGACAUGAUAAAAGAGAAGAAGACACUGCAAGAUGUAGAGAGGAACAAGACUGAUUCCCUCUACAGAAAGAGAUCUUAAUCAACUUUAAAAAGGUCAAACAGCUGUAUAAAUUUAUGUCAGAGAAAGACGUCCAGGACACCAUCAGGCUUAGUGCUUGAUGGUGUCGAGGAGACCAUCCACUAAAUGUGAAGUACAUCAGGUCCCACCAGAGCCUUAUACUGAGAACUUUGGUGUUACAAAAUUUUUUUUACUCAAAUGAGUGAAAGUCUGUUGGAAGUCAUACUUUUUUUCAGGGAAGAGAGAGCUUCAAAAGGCUUGAUACCUAAGCUAGUUAAAACCAGAUCAGAACAUCUCCACUGAGUGGGACAAUGAGAAAUAUGGAAGCAAGUGAGAGACACGGGUAAACUUUACAGAGCUUCUGGUCAAAUGCACAACUACUAUAUUUUGGUUGAAGAUUCAAAGAUUAUUAUUUGUCCAAUGUUCCAGUGCCAGUUACCCAAAGAAUUUUCAUCUGAUUCUCCAUGAAGGGACCAGUUGCACUUGACAAUGACUUUGAAACAUAAGGUCCUUUCCAAAAGUUGGAUCUUACAGAUCUUACUGACGUAAUUAAAAUGCUUUUUCCAACCAUUCAUUGUAAUUCAAAGAAGUGAAAUUAUUACUCAUAAAACUGUUUUCUAAAAAGUUCUGUUGUUGUAAUGAACAAUGAUUUACCUUUAUUUAUAAACAAUGAUCCGUUUUUUUUUUGUUCUUGGUUAUUUAAUUCUUUUUAAAGUUCUUUUUUUUAUACAUGCAGGAGAAAUGGCUGACUG